GUUUUAAUUGUUCGAAACGUUUCCCCUUUCCCCUCGUGGGCAACCUUCUUUCCUCUUUCCUUUCCUUUUCAUCCCGAGGAACCCUUCAAGUCUCCUUUCCUCUCAUCUUUCUCUGUCCCCAUUGCACAAUGGCUGCUCCUGCCCCUGCGGAGCCCCGGGCUAAGCCCACCAAGCCAGAUGAGGAGGCCUACAAGGCCAGCCUGGCCCAGGCCGAGAAGGAGCACACGGCUGCACAGGAGAAGUUGAACCAAAUCAAGGCCAAGUUGGACAACGCCAAGCCCAACAACCAGGACUCUCCUGUCGUUAAGAAGCAGCAGGAGCUCCGCGCCGAACUCUCCUCCAUCCGUCAGAAGCAGUCUGGCUUCAAGACCUCCCGCUCCAGCACCCUCGAGAAGGUCAAUGCCCUCGAGUCCACCCUCAAGGCCCGCAUCGCGGAGCAGAACAACUCUCGCGGCAAGAUGCCCUUCAAGAAUGUGGAUGAGAUCGACCGGGAGAUCGACCGUCUUGAGAAGCAGGUCGAUUCCGGCACCCUGCGAUUGGUUGAUGAGCGCAAGGCUCUCUCGGACAUCUCCAACUUGCGCAAGCAGCGUAAGGGUUUCGCUGGUCUCGAGGAGGCCCAGAAGGGUAUCAAUGACCUGAAGGCCCAGAUUGCGGAACUCAAGAAGACUCUGGACAACCCCGAGGCUAAGGCCCUGAGCGACAAGUACUCCGAGAUCCAAAAGGAGCUGGAUGCUAUUAAGGCCGAGCAGGACGGUGUUUACAAGAACCUGAACGCUCUUCGCGAUGAGCGCACUCAGCUGCGCAACGACCAGCAGAAGAAGUAUGCUGCUAUCCGUGAGAUCAAGGACAACUACUUCAAGGCUCGUCGUGCCUACAAGGAGUACGAGGAUGAGGCCUGGCGCAUCCGCCGCGAGCGUCAAAAGGCCGAGCGGGAUGCCUUUGAGCGCGAGAAGCGCAAGAAGGUCGCCGACAAGAAGCUCGAGGAGGCUUCUCAGCUCGCUUACACCGACGAGAUUCUUACCGCUCAGGGUCUUAUCCGCCACUUCGACCCGGCCUACGACUUCUCCGCUCUUGGUCUUGAUGACAAGAAGGAUGAGGGCAGCAAGUUCCGUGCCAACGUUGGCCGUACUGUUGACGACUCUGCCCUUAAGGGUAUGAAGGUUGUUCGCAAGGACGACGUUGAGGACUACUUUGUUGGUUCUGCCGGUAAGAAGGGCAAGAAGGGUAAGAAGGGUGGUGCCGCCGCUGGCGCCGAGGCUGGCAAGUUCAACAUGAAUGUUGGCAUCAUUGAGGACUUCGCCAAAGUCAAGAUCGACCCUCCCAUGAACCAGUCCGAUGUUCCCGCUGCCGUGGAGAAGUUGGCCGCCAAGAUCACCGAAUGGAAGAAGAACCAGGCCAGCAAGACUGAGGAGAACAUUCAGAAGGCCAAGGAGGAGAUUGCCCGCCUCGAGGAGGAAGAGGCUAACGUCGCCGAGACCAACGGCCGUAGCACCGACGCUGCAAAGAAGCCCGCUCGGGCCAACGGUCUACCCACUGCUGAGGCCGAGCUGGCCCAGGAGCAGGAUGCUGCUGCUGAUGCAGCGGAGGAGCUGAAGAAGGCUUCUCUCGAGGACAAGGAAUAGAAGAACCUCGUAAAACUUGCUGGAAGGAUUGGGCCUUUGCAUCUUCUACGUACAUGUUCUGCGGACUAGCAUUGCGGUCUUGCAUUUUCCUGACUUUCUUUUUUUUGAGUCACUUGGUCUCUUAUUGAAUGUGCAUUAUAAUUUGCGUUUUGAUACAUGGACAGCGUCCUUGGUUUUUUGUUUUUUUUUUCCUCCCCUUUUCUUUUCUCCAUGUCAAUUAAAAGCCCGGAAAUGAGAUUCCUCACCUCGAGUCGAGAGAUAUCUUUUCUCUUUGCUCUACAAAGUCAUUCAACAACUUUCCUGUGGGCCUUCUACCCUAUCAUAGAUUAUUAGACACUUGUGAGCAAACCUCGGUUCCUAGAUGUAUCGACAUGACAGUUAGUUAUACUCUGC